AUACGCUCUCUUCAUGACCUAUUUUGGCAUUCGAGUGUAGUCAGUGCGCGAGAGUCCCUGUUUCACGACCUUUAGUUUUGUCUACGAUAUAAGAGAAUAUUCUCAUAUAGUGAGAUACUGUUUAAGAGAAUUCUCUCUUAUACCGUAGCCAACACGAUAUAACAGAAAGCCGGAUUUAAGAGAGUGAAAUUGGCUUGUACCGACCCUCUCUUAAACCGUAGCCGCUACUGCGUGACGGCGAGCAACCUUCCCAAGGUCAUCGUGGUGCACGAGUGCUUGAGCGUGGCCUUCCUGGCGCUUACCUGGGCUGUCUGCUAUCAGAUACAGCCCACGCAGGCAAGGCCCGGUGUUCGCGCCCAUCAACAAAACAAUCCAAAACAGCAACAACGCCUUCAUCGUCCGGAGUCGCCAGUCCUUCGAGGCCCUCAUCUCCAAGUCGGAGAAGCGGCUUAGCCAAGAUUGGCUCAACAAGAGAGGGAUCGACUCCGGGAGAAUGGCGAUCUCCCUAGCGGAGUCGACCCUGUUCCGAAAGCUCGCCAAGCCGGUCACCAUCCCGGGAAAGCUCUGGCUCACGCUCAAGCUCUCGCAAACAUUCCUGGUUGGCGACGACCGCGACAACGGCAAUGAAAGCACCAACAGGGUUACCAGAAGGCCGUUGGUAAAAGAAGCAUCUUCGGGGACCGGAGGAUGGGGGUGGCUGAGGAAGGGGAGGCGAUCUGGAAAGCGAAGGAAAGCGAUUUGCCCCCCCGGGAGGAGGGGGGGUGGGAGGACGCCUGGCUGCUUUGUUGCCUUACCGCAGGCCGCUUCUGACCCGUUGUUGUUGCGAUCCUCGAAGGAGAUUUGUUGGUAGAAGCUAACGCUGGGGCACACGCCGAGAGGCCCCAAAGCUUGGCAGGGCCCAGGCUAGUGAUGGCGUGCCCUUAUUCGGUCCUUUGUGAUACUCCCACAGCUUCCCUUGAAGCAGCAGUGGUGGAGAUGGUAUGUCGUAUCGCGGUGCAGUGACCGACAAGAAAUCUCAACGUUAUUUCGGGACCCGCGCUAUGGGGAGAGGGUCCCUGAAAGAAGUUAGAAGCAGGCUAGGUUGCUGUGCCAAAUAUUUUUUUCCGCGGUACAUGGGGACCACGUUAUUCGAGACCGCGAUAUAUUGGGACCGCGAUGUGUCGGCAUCACUGCUGUAGUCGGUCUUGUUUGUUGCCGUCUUUUCCUACCCCGCUUUGCGCAAUCAACGGGGUCGUCUGGAGACUUUUUUGUGCUUUUGCGUAGAGACAGCUUGUCCGUUUGCCAUAGGAGACAACGUCGGUUGCUAACAGAUGACGGACAAGAUCACACGAGUUAACGUGUCCGAUUAUGCUGUCUCUGUUCACACACAAGGACUGUGUGUGUGCGAGGGUGUGUUUUUUGUCGCAGUUUCAGCACUAACAGAAUGCCGUUCGAUUUUUUGCGUGGGUGCUAACCCACUGUUGUCGCCUUGAUUUCUUUUUACACAUAUUUCGAGUAUGUUUUGGAGGCCCCAGUCGGGAUCACAGAGAAAGGUUGAACUACACACCAGGGUUGCUGCCACCUUUUUCAUUGCGUGCCUGCCGUUGUACAUCCGUUGUACAUGAAUUGACAAGGAUUCGCCUUUCCAUUCCCGCUUUAAGU